GCUGCGGACCUCGGCGUCAGUUCCGGGCUGGAGUCACCUACGCCGAGGGGGACGGUUUCCUCUUAAAAGAGAAACGGCGGCGGAGCGCGCGAGGUGGGCCCCCCGUCUUCCCGUCGUCCUCCCGGCGUGCGCUUGAGGCCGCCGGAGGCGCAGGCGCAGUCGCGGUGUGGGCAGGGGCGGGAGCGGGGGCGCGCAGACCCCGGCGCGCAUGGCCUCCUCCCCGGCGGACGCGUCCCGCAGGCGGCGGGAGAAGCGGCGGCAGCUGGACGCGCGGCGCAGCAAGUGCCGCAUCCGCCUGGGCGGCCACAUGGAGCAGUGGUGCCUCCUCAAGGAGCGCCUGGGCUUCUCCCUGCACUCGCAGCUCGCCAAGUUCCUGCUGGACCGGUACAAUUCUCCCGGCUGUGCGCUCUGUGCAGGCACCGAGCCUUCGCCCCCCAAAGGUCUGCAGUACCUCGUGCUCCUGUCUCAUGCUCACAGCCGAGAAUGCAGCCUGGUGCCCGGACUGCGGGGUCCUGGGGGUCGAGAUGGGGGGCUUGUGUGGGAGUGCUCAGCAGGCCACACCUUCUCCUGGGGACCCUCCUCAGCCCCCACACCUCCGAAGGUACCCAGGCCAGUCCCCCUCCGACGCUCUUCCCGGAGAAGCUGGUGUGCAGAGGCCAGGAGCGGGCAGGAGACUGCAGGUUCGGGAGCUGAGCAUGAUGAGAAGACUCAGGAGACCAGUUUGCUCAGGGGGGCGGAACCUCCUCUGGAGACCUCCCUGCUCCCAGGAGAGGAAGAGGAAGAAGAUGAAGAUGAAGAGGAGAUGCUCAGUGAUGCGAGCCCGUGGACCUACAGCUCCUCGGCAGAUGACAGUGAGCCAGAUGCCCCCAGACCUCCUCCUUCCUCUCUCACCCACUCACUUAAGGAGGGGGCGGCACCACCCACCCCCUCAGCUCUCCCCACUCCUCUUGCUGCAGCAGCCUCCUCAGUUUCCUCCUCGGGUUCUGGGGCUCCUCUGCCUGAGGAAGUCACUGUGCAGCCAGAGCUCAGCAGGACGCUUCAGGUGGUCCAGGAGCUGGAGCCCCAGGCCAGCCCUGGGAGUGAGGCCCAGUCAGCCCCUGCCCCGGCCUGGGAUGAGGACACUGCACAGAUCGGCCCCAAGAGAAUUAGGAAAGCUGCCAAACGAGAGCUGCUGCCCUGCGACUUCCCAGGCUGCGGAAAGAUCUUCUCCAACCGGCAGUAUCUGAAUCAUCACAGGAAGUACCAGCACAUCCACCAGAAGUCCUUCUCCUGCCCAGAGCCAGCCUGUGGGAAGUCCUUCAACUUUAAGAAACACCUGAAGGAGCACGUGAAAUUGCACAGUGACACCCGGGACUACAUCUGUGAGUUCUGCGCUCGGUCCUUCCGAACCAGCAGCAACCUCAUCAUCCACCGGCGCAUCCACACUGGAGAGAAACCGCUGCAGUGCGAGAUCUGCGGGUUCACCUGCCGCCAGAAAGCCUCCCUGAACUGGCACCGGCGCAAGCACGCAGAGACUGCGGCUGCUUUGCGUUUCCCCUGCGAGUUCUGCGGCAAGCGCUUCGAGAAGCCGGACAGUGUUGCAGCCCACCGCAGCAAAAGCCACCCAGCCCUGCUCCCAGUCUCCCAAGACUCACCUGGCUCCUUGGAGCCCUGUCGUAGCAUCUCUGUCCCUGAGCCCCUGGGGUCCGGUGAGGCCCCGGCUGCUGCCCCGCUGGGGUCUGGGCCCUCCCCAUCCCCUCAGGCUCUGACUCCGCUACCUCAGAAAUAAGCUCUCAGGCUUCAGGGAGCCAGACCCCAGGCCCAGAAAAUAGUGAGGAGGAGAGUGGCUGGAGGAGAAAGGCCAGGUGCUUAGGGUCCCCAGGAACUAGGGCUACGAAAAGUUGGACGGGGAUCUAGGGGAGCCAGACUACCUUAGUCUUUCUAAAGGACAGAAUAAACAGCGUAUUUUUAUUCAGAGUG